AACACUUCCAGACCUGACAUCACGACUAACCUUCCACAACGCCAGCACACACCGACUGUUCGCACCACCUAUGAGAAUUGUGUUGCUCUCUCGAAGACACAAAGGAAUAUCUCGAGGAAAGAUUAUCUAUCUCCGGGGGAAAUGCAGAAAUCGUAAUGGAUAUAGUCUGGUCAGAACAAACUAGACGCCACAAGGUGAGUGAUGUCCCCCCUUCAGCAAUGGACGACAUUUUGCUGACCCGCUAUGAUUCAGAGGUCCUUCCAAGAAGUAGAUCAAGCUGAACAAUCGGCAUCGCCUCCGCUAUCCCCAAAUUCCUCUCCGGAUUCCAAUUUACGAGCGCAGCAACAUCCUCGGGCUCGAAUUCGCCGCCGUCUAUCAAGCAAUACAAUCGCACCUUCCACUCUCAACCAACAUCGUACUUCACGUCCUCAUAGUCCUGUAUUUGCCACUAUGGCUAGUAAUUCAAGGCCUCGGUCGCGCGUAGCUCCCGAGAAUCGGGAGCGUACUGCAGUAAUCGACCUUACAACUUUAGAUUCGGAUGAGUUGGAGGAAGUCAAUGUUGUUCCCAGAAAUCGCCUUCAUAGUGGUAGAGCUCGUCAACCACCACAACUUGGAAGAAGUGAUGCAUCAUUAUUGGAGGUUAUUGAUUUGACAGAAGACCUGGAGCCGGAAAUUGUCGCUAGUGGUGCUCACGCUUGGGGCGGGUUGCAUGGUCGAAGGCGUAUUCACCCACGCAUGCGACGACAGGAAUCACCGCCCCUUUUCGUUGACGCCGAGCCUCGGGGGCAGAAUCAGGCGCAAGGACAGGAUAACGCAAGGCUGAUAGCCCUCAACCACCGAAUGAGAAUGAGACCAAUACAAGGUCAUAUGGGACAAGAAUUUGGUGAACAGCCUGGAGGACCCCACGCAGCUCUUCACGUCAACAAUUUCGUUCAAGAAUUCCUCCAACAACGAGAGCAUAUUUAUCGGAUUCACGACCUGAAUAUGGCUAUGCCGGGCAUCAUGGAUUACGCAAAUCCCGCUGUUCGUAACCGCAAACCUGAAUAUGUCGCUCCCCCACCAGCACGCGAAGGAUUCACGAGAUCUUUGGACGGUUUAGCAGAAGAUGACAUGGUAGUCUGCGCCAGUUGCGAAAAUGAAUUGGUUUAUCGCAAAGGUGUGGUCGAGUCACCGACAGCCAAGAAAGGAGGCAAAGCACCAACCAAAAAGGAGAUUGAGGAACAGCUCGAUGAACGCCCUUUUUGGGUUAUCAAUGCGUGCUCCCACGUAAGUUUUAUCUUUCACAGAUUGAAAUACUCGUGUACUAACACACUCGCAGGUGUAUUGCAGAAAAUGUUUCCUACAUCGUAAUCAUGGCAGCAAUGCCCCAGAAGGUGUCCAAUUUCGGGAGAAGAGGAAGUCCAACAAAACUAAUACUAAGGUUGCCAUCUGCUCGGUCGAAGGCUGUGAAUCGGAAGUGAAGGAAAGAAAAUCUUGGACCGGAACGUUCUUGUCUUAAUUGUCUUGGUGGGGGGGCGGGGGGUCCGGUGUUUCCCUUCCGGUACAUACUUGAAGUGCAUAUCAAGGUUAUGGGCUUCCCUGGUUCUCUUUUGUUUCGAUUAUUUGCAUUGCAUGGAAAGCGCAUGGAGUAUGGGAAGGCUGGCUGGCACAAUCAAAGGAAAGGGAAUUGAUACAUUUAUUUCGGCGUUAAUGUUGG